AAGGGAGCCCGGACGCGCGGAGGCUGACCCGGAGCCUACCCAUGAGGCAGCGCGCCGGCUCCACGAGAACCCCCCCCUUCCCACGGCUCAGCUGCUGCUCCGCAAUGGGAGCCGCCGCCGUCGCCGCUGUGUAGUUUUUCGUGCUCCUCCUUUUCCUCCUCCUCUUUCUCCUCCUCCUCAGGGCCCCAGUCAGGCCGAUCCGCUCCGCUCACGGAAGGAAAACUGAGAUAUAAAUUGCUCUUUUGUCUGGAGUCACAUGUACUUAGGUGACAAUUUACAGAAAGUCAACUCUGCAACUUGAUGGGCGACAACCCUUUUCAGCCAAAAAAUAAUUCAAAAAUGGCAGAACUCUUUAUGGAAUGUGAAGAAGAAGAGUUAGAACCAUGGCAGAAGAAAGUAAAAGAGGUUGAGGAUGAUGAUGAUGAUGAGCCAAUCUUUGUUGGAGAGAUAACAAGUUCAAAACCAGCAAUUUCAAAUAUUUUGAAUAGAGUAAACCCCAGCUCAUAUUCAAGGGGAAUAAAGAAUGGUGCACUCAGUCGAGGUAUUACUGCUGCAUUCAAGCCUACAAGUCAACACUACACGAACCCAACAUCAAAUCCAGUGGCUGCCUCGCCAGUAAAUUUUCAUCCUGAAUCUAGAUCUUCAGAUAGUUCUAUUAUUGUUCAGCCUUUGUCUAAACCUGGUUAUAUAACGAACUCAUCACGAGUUGUGUCUAAUAAUUCUUCAGAGUUACUGUUUGACUUGACCCAGGAUACAGGAUCAUCACAUUACCAAGGGGGACCAACACUUUCUAUACCAGGUAUGAAUGAAAGUUCCUUUUUAUCAAAACGUCCUUCUACUUCUGAAGUAAACAGCGUUAAUCCAAAAAAGCCAAAGCCCAGUGAUGGUAUUUCUGGAUUAAAUUCUUCAGCUGUAUUUCCUUCAGUUAAAUCUCUUUCAGUGACAUCUCCCCAGGCUACAUCAUCAAAAGGUACUAAUACCUCAUCACAUCAAUCUAAAAAUGGAACACCUUUUCCAAGAGCUUGUCCAAAGUGCAAUAUUCAUUUUAAUCUUUUGGAUCCUUUGAAAAAUCACAUGAAGUACUGUUGUCCAGACAUGAUAAAUAACUUUUUAGGACUGGCUAAAACAGAAUUUUCAAGUACAGCAAAUAAAAAUAAGGCUGUUGAUUCAGAGAAAGGAAAAUUGAUCAUGUUAGUUAAUGAUUUUUAUUAUGGAAAACAUGAAGGAGAUGUCCAGGAAGAACAGAAGACUCACACAACUUUUAAAUGCUUCAGUUGCUUGAAAAUUCUUAAAAAUAAUAUUAGGUUUAUGAACCACAUGAAACACCAUUUGGAACUUGAGAAGCAGAGCAGUGAGAGCUGGGAAAACCACACCACCUGCCAGCACUGCUAUCGUCAGUUUCCCACACCAUUUCAGCUGCAGUGUCACAUUGAAAGCACGCAUACACCCCAUGAAUUUUCUACCAUUUGCAAAAUCUGUGAAUUAUCAUUUGAAACAGAGCAUAUUCUUUUACAGCAUAUGAAGGACAAUCAUAAGCCUGGGGAAAUGCCAUAUAUUUGCCAGGUUUGCAAUUAUAGAUCAUCGUCCUUUUCUGAUGUAGAGACUCAUUUUAGAACAUCCCACGAAAACACUAAGAACUUGCUAUGUCCAUUUUGCCUCAAAGUUAUUAAAAUUGCAACACCCUACAUGCAUCAUUAUAUGAAGCAUCAGAAAAAAGGAAUACAUCGCUGUACAAAAUGCAGACUGCAAUUUUUGACAUGCAAAGAGAAAAUGGAUCAUAAGACUCAACAUCAUAGAACAUUUAUAAAACCUAAACAACUGGAAGGAUUGCCUCCUGGAACAAAAGUUACUAUUCGAGCUUCAGUUGGACCGCUUCAGUCAGGAUCUUCAACUACACCUUCCAUUAGUGCAAGCACUUCUACCCUUCAGCUCUCACCUCCAAGGACUAAAAAUAUAACUGCUAAAAAUCCCACAAAAUCUAACACAAGCAAACCUAAUCCAACUAAAUCCAAUACAAGUAAACCUAAUGCAAGUAAGCCUAAUGGAAGUAAAUCUAAAUAUAAAUCAAAAAUCUCUAAUAUGCAAAAGAAACAAAGCACAUUGGCUAGUAGCAAUAAAAAAAGUAAAGUCAAUACAGCAUUGAGGAACUUAAGGUAUCGUCGGGGAGUUCACAAGUGCAUUGAGUGUUGUUCCGAAAUAAAAGAUUUUGCAAAUCACUUUCCUACGUAUGUCCAUUGUAGUUUUUGCAGAUACAACACUAGCUGUAGCAAAGCCUAUGUAAAUCAUAUGAUGAGCUUUCAUAGUAACCGUCCAAGUAAAAGGUUUUGUAUUUUUAAGAAGCAUUCAGAAGAUCUCAGGGGCAUUACUCUAGUGUGCCUUAAUUGUGAUUUCAUAGCUGAUGUUUCUGGCUUAGAUAAUAUGGCCACACACUUAAGUCAACAUGAAACUCAUACUUGUCAAGUUGUAAUAGAGAAAGUUUCUGUUUGUAUCCCAACUUCUGAACAUCUUUCUGAAUGCAGAGGCAGCCCAGAGAUUUCAAAAAAUGUCCAGGGUACACCUGGACAGUGUCCCCCUUCGAUGGACACAACUGAUGCCUGUUCUCUCUUUUCAAGGAAUGUGAAUAAUUUGACUGUGGGACCUGCUGUAGGUUGUGGUCUCAAGAAAUCAGAUUUUGGGGAGACUCCCUUCCUUCAUGGCUGGCCUCCCGUCAGGCUGAUGAUGAUUUAGCCAGAGAUGGUCUCAGGGCCCACCAAAUUGAGCACACCUUCCCACUGGGGGCUUUGGCUCUUGAUCUUAAGCUUGUGGGUCGCUUGUGGCCAAGAAAACCCCAUCAGAUCAGUGCUUCAACAUCCAAGUUGAAGUAUAGUCAUUUUGGCUGCUGCCUUUUAAUCUUCAUCUAGCAUGAAUGCAGUCCAAGGAAUACAAAAGCUCUCUGGUUGUUAGGAAACCAUGGUUAUUUUCAUGUCCUUGGAACAACAGGUCUCUAAAAUUAUGUUCCAAAUUGCAGUUAUUUUUCUAUCAUUUAAAAUAUAUUACUCAGUACUAACUUUCUAGUUUUUUAGGAAUACCAAUUCUCAGAUUUUUGAAUUUUAAAAAAUUUAAUUUUGAACUUGGUUUUAUGUUCUCCAAAUUUACUGAUGUCUAUUUUAUGAUGUUUAUUUUUAUAUUCUUUUCUUUAAAACUGUUGUUUAGUGUUUGCUUUGUUUUGUUAAGAACUCCAAGAGAUUCUCUGGAAUUCUCUACGGAUUCCCUUAUAGCUGCCUAUUUAUAGCUUUUUAUUUUGGCUGUUGUUCAGACCAUUUGACAUUAUGAUAUCCUCUGUCUUACUUUGGGAUUAUUAUGAUCAAUAUUAUCUUAAUAAUUGUGGGUUUUAAAGUGUAAAGAAUUGGCAAAACCUCUUCUUGCAGACCUUAAACAAGUUUUAAAGUCACAUAUUUGUACAUCUAAUAUAUAAUAUCCACUUAAGCAUUAACGUAGUCUCUUUGGGUAAAGGUAACAUUAAAAAUUAUGGGGACCAAUAAUGUAGUUGUUUAUAUUUUUAUAUAUAUAUAUAUACAUACAUACAUAUAUAUCUCCUCAUACAUAUGUAUAUUUUAAGAAUUUGACAUUUGUUUAUUUUAGUUACAUUAAAUAUAGAUCUACUAAACAGUUUUGAUGCUAUUAAUUUCUUUUAAUAAAAAAUUGUAUUGUUUAAGUGCCUCAGGAAUUAUUUACUAAUAAAGAAUUCAUAUGAAAGCUCUAGAUUUAUCAUAUAAAUAGGAGGAUUGCUUUAAUUGUUUUAUGGAGGCCUUUUUAUUAUUUGGCCUACAAACUGAAAGCUAUAUCUACUUAAUGCACCGUACAUUGUUUUCCUCCAGGACAAUUGAAAGGUCACUAUACUAUACCAAUUUCUUGAAUCUUAAAGACAAGCAAAAUGCCUUUUGUAAUCUUACCUGCUGUGAGGAUAGGCAGGCUCUGAAAGUAUGACUCAAUUAUGUUUUUUACUCUAAAAUCAGAACUUCUUUAAUUUUACUUAGAAAAGAAACUUAACACCAAUUUAGAUGACUGCAUGUUAUGUAAUGUGCUCCUUGCAAAUAAUAAUCAAAAAAGUUCAAUCCACUAGUGUUAAAUUUCCCAACUAAUUAGUACUGUAAAUGAAUGAUUUUCCAAAAGCUCCCAAAGUGGCUUAUUUCUUAGCAAGUGGACCUGGUGAUAUACUAGUCUUUAUUUCCUUAUUUCUAGGAUGUUUUGUCAUUCACCUUCUUUCUACCCAAUUUUAAAAAUAUUUUAAAAUUUUGCCCAGAAGCAACAACUUCUUUCCAUUUGUAACAGAAGUUUCUUUUUCAUUUAUAAAUUCUUGCUCUACCUUGGUUAAAGCUCUAAACUACAUUCUUGAUAUCACAGUGUAGGAGUACUGCUUUGUGUUCCUUCCUAGGACUCUAUCUUAUGGUAUUAUCAAGUUCAUUUUCUUAAAAUUUAAAGUCUUAAGUUCUAUCACAUAUAACUUCCUUUUUAAAAAGUUGGUAUAAAUAAAACACUUAAGGCAAUUGGUACAAAAUUUGCUUAUUAUACGCAGUUGGUUGAAUUUUAAUUUGGUGCUGACGAGUUACCAUCAAGUUUAUUCACUUGAUCAGAAAUUGUCAUUUCAUGCACGUGUGUUUUUGGUUACCACCAAAUAAAAAGUGAAAUUUAGUUUGAAUCCAUCGCCAUUCUUAGAAAAAAUGAUUCCUAAACUAUAGAGACUUAGGAUUCUUGCCAUAUUUUUGUCACAUUUUGGCAAAACACCUUGCUGCUUUGGGCCUCAUUUAUUUCUUCAGUGAUUUCUCAAACAUCUACUUUGUGCCAAUCUCUGCCCUUCUCGAGCUCAUGUUUUAUUUAGUGCUGAAAGACAGGCAAUAAAAAGUAAAUAAAAUAUGCAGUAUGUUAGACUGUGGUCAAUACUGUAGAGUAACAUAAAGUAGGGAAGGGGGAUAAAGAGUACAUGGUAGGAGUUGGUGGUCAGAGAAGGCCUCACUGAGACAUGACAUCUGAGUAAAGACCUGAAGGAAGGACUGCAAGGAGACUGGGUUGGCCACAAGUGAGUGAGCAAGAGAGAAUAGUAGGAGAUGGGGCCUGCAAGGUAAUGUGGGCCAUGUAUGAAUUUGGCUUUUACUCUGAGAUAAGAAGCCAUUCAUUAGAGGAUUUUUGAAUAGUGGAGUCUUGUAUAUCUGAGUAAAAACUACGAUCAACAAAAAACCUUAAAUAGAGAAGAGUGUUUAUAUUACUCUAGUCCCUGUCUUGAGAAUAAACUACAGAAGACCAAGGGCAAAAUCAGGGAGAUUAGUUGGGGGGCUCUUAUAAUAAUCUGGUGGGAGAUGGCAGUGGAUUAGGCUAAGCACCUGGCAGUGUGGGUGAUAGAGGUUUGAUUUUGGAUAUAUUUUGAAUUUGUUGAUAGUUUGAAUGUGAAAUAGAGAAAAUGUUGAGGGUGACAUCAUAGUUAUUAAUCUAAGCAAAUGGGAAGAUGGCAUUGAUACUAAUUGAUAUGGGGAAGACUAGGAAGAACAAAUUUGGAAGGGAAGAUGAAGACUUUGGCUUGGAGCAUGUUUUAGUUUGAGAUGCCUGUUAGACAUCCAAAUGGAGAUGUCAUAGUCAUUCACUUAUGUGAAGUGAGGGGAGUGUUCUAGGCUGUAAAUAUCACUGAACAUUUUUAAAUGUCAUGGGAAUGAAUACAAGUAACACCAGAGAAAUGUGAAUAAAAUUGGUAUAUCACUCUCAAUAUCUUGGUUAUGAUUUUGUACUAUAAUUUUGUAAGAUGUUAUCAUUGGGAGAAACUGGACAAAAGGUACAUGGAGUCUCUAUUAUUUCUUACAACUACAUGUGAAUAUAAAAUUGUCUCAAAACAAAAGUUAAAUUAAAAAAAGUCGUGGAACUGUAUGAGAUUACCAAGGGACACAGUAGAGAUAGAAGGUAAGGUCCACAGAUUGAGCUCUGGGGAAUCUGACAAUAGAGGGUUAGGGAGAUGAAAAGGUAUUGGCGGAGGAAACUAAGAGGGAGUGGCCAGUGAUAUAAAAGGAAAACCGGGGGAGUGGUGGUUUCCUUUUUGUAAAAUAUGAGUGCAGACAUGUUGUAGAGUUCUGGGAUUCUUUAUUCAAUAUUGGUCAUACAUACAUGUUAAAAUUUGUUCUUAGGAGAUGAGUACAGAGUGCCACAUAUCCUUAUCUCUGGUAGCAGAAACUUUUGACCGUAAGAAAACCAAAUGUCAACAUUACUCCCAGCACCUUUAACUCCCUACAUGUACUCUCAUAAAAGUAAUUCUCUUAUAUUUUUACAAAAGAAAGUAACUACGUCAUUGUUUCCCAAACUGAAUGGAAGUAGUGUGUCCGUAAUUCAUAAACUGGGGGGAAAGUUUCCGUGGUCAAAUAAGUUUAGGAAAUGCAAGUUAAAAUUAAAUAGAUUCUUUAAUAUAGGAUCUUUCCUGCUAGAUGUGGGCUGUAUCAUCUAGUAUGUUUAUUUGACCCUGGAGUUUUUUUUCCUUCAAUACUUAUUAACUUUUUGACAUUAAUUUUCAUACAAUAAGUAUGUAGAAUGCUGAUCUAGAGGGAUCAUUCUUUGGAUUCUCUGAAUUGGGGAAUAAAAAGUAGUUUUGUAAGGUGUUAAAGAAGAUGGACUCCUAGACAUUUCAUUCACGUUUAUGAAUCUUUGUAAGGUAGAGUUUAUAACUGGUUGCUAGCAAUGUACAUAUCUUUUUAGAAAUUACAGAAAUAAAAUUAUAUCCUCUAUUUAUAAAAUCUAAGAAAUACAUAACAAGGACAGAACAGUUAUUAGCUUAUUCUGCCUCUGAAUAUAGCAGCAAGGGGCUUUUUUUGUUUUUUGGUUUUUUUUUUGGAGGGUAUGGUUACCUUUCAUGAUUUCACACUAAGAUGUUUAAGAAUGUCUCAUUUAUUUGUAGCUUCUCUUUGUUACUCCUUAUGCUUAGUUCAUCAAUAUACCCACUUACUUUUCUUGAGACUAUUACUUUUUCCAGUCUUUUAUUAUCUGUUCAGGAGUUUCUUACAUUGUAAAGUUUUCCUUCUUGCUUAAAGGAGUAAGGGAAACAAUGACCUAGUUACUUUCUUUUGUAAAAAUAUAAGAGAAUUACUUCUAUGGGAGUUAAAGGUGCUGGGAGUAAUGCUGACAUUUGGUUUUCGUACUUCUGCUUGAUACUAAGAUUAGGAGUUUUUAUACCCAGCUCUACAUUAAGCCCUCUCAGUGCUGAAGGGACAGUGGUUGAAUAGCACAGGCUCUACAGUUGAUUGCUUAGUGUGGGGCUCCUACCCUGCUGUUUCCUAGGCUGUAUGUGACCUUGGGUAGGUUACCAGAUGUCUGUGCCCCAUUCCUCAUUUGUAAAACACAGUUAACAACAAUACUUGCUCAUAAAGUGUUAGGGAAUUAAAUGAGUAUAUGCGUAUAGUACUUAGAAAGUAGUUGGCACAUAGGAAGUGCUAUACACAUGUAAAGUUAUCAUUGUUACUACUGUUACGUUACUACUCUUCAUGGUUUUAUUUCUGCCUGCAUUUUAUUCAUCUUCAUUAGAAUAACCUCAAUUUUUAAUCUGAGCUUCCAAUACCAUUUCACAGAUCACUUGUGUUAACUUUCUCUUUCUAGCCCAGUGUGUGUGUGUGCGUGUGUGUGUGUGUGUGUGUGUGUUUUGGAGUUACUGUUGAAGCAAACAUAAGUAAUACCAUUAGAUUUUUGGUAUCUAAAGCUUACCAAACUUCUACUGUUAGAGAAUGUCUAUGAAUCCUCCUAGGUUCACUUUAGUCACAGCUGUCUUUUCCCCCUAAUUAUACUGCCUUAUACUGACUACACUAUGGCUCUUCUCAUAUUUUCUGUCCACAUCUCUGAUUUUGAGAUCCUUCUGCAGCCUCACUUUAGUCAUUUUGGUAUUUGACUACCUGAGUUUACUCUCCUCUGCAAACUUGGAGAAGCUACUGUGACAUCUCCUUUUCUGCGUCACUUCUUGAAAUAUAGGAACCUACUGUUUUUAAUCCUCCACACUGAAAAAAAUCUGUCUCCCUACCACUCUGAAGUGUGGUGUCGUGAAAGUAGUGCUGCUUUGAAAUAAGGCAGUCCUAGGUUUAAAUCCUAGCUGGGUGUCUAACCAGCUUGUUGAGCCUCAGCUUCCUCAUCAGUGAGAGGUCUCAUCAUAAUAAGUCCUUGCAGGGUGGUUGUAAGAAAUAGAGACUGAGGAUGGUUAAACCAUUAACAAAUAAUUGAAGUUCUUUAGUUAAAUAUUUAAUUAAAAUUCCUUAGCACCGGCUUGCCAAAAAGUACUUAAUAAACGCAUGUUGUUGCCGUGGCUGCUGCAGCUAUUGCUGCGGGUGCGACUACUGCUGUCACGGCUCUUCCCGUUACUGCCCCCGCUGUCGCUGCCACUGCUGCUGUUCGUACCGCAGUUCCUGCUACCGCUGAUGGCAGAAGACCCUGGCAAUGGCCUGUCCGUGGCAGCUUCUCGUCAGGGAGAGUUUUAGUGCAACCCAGCUGCACCGUGGCUGUUGGUAAUUUGGGCUUACAGUUCCCAGGUGGCGCAGUGCAUUCCUGCAGACUGCCGCGCGGACGGCUCUUCACUGCAGUGCUUCAGUCGCAUGCGUUGGGUAUAAUUCUCCAGCGUCAGAUCGAGUGUAGUUCUGACUCUUCUGGUCUGGGGACUAUGAAACAGCACCCUUGUUGGAAACUAGUGCAUAAUGCUCUCUGCUGAGAGGAAAACAUUCCUCUGAGCUUAUAGAAUCCCCUUUUUAGGAGGAAAACAUUCCUUUGAGCUUGUAGAAUCCCCUUUUUAAAGAAAACUUUUAAAAUUAUUGCCAGGCAUUCAUUUCCUGGCUACUUAGUCAAUAUUACGAGGUUUGUGGAAAUGUGUAAUGGGGCCAGUUAGCAGUAGUAAAGUGGCUGUUCCUUUUGUAGACCUUUGAAAUGAUUUAAAAAUUUGCUUUUCUCAGAUGUUAGAUCAUAAUUCAAUCAUGGAAUUGUACUUGCCUAUUUGUUUCACCCUUAUUUCUAUUUUCUUCUUCCUCUAUCUUCUCCAGUACAUCUAUCUGGGUAUAUUAAUUGUAACACAGAAGUAAAAUUUUAGGUUUUGCAAGGUUAAUUUUCUUUUCCUUUUUCUUUUUAAAAAAAUUUAUUUAAAUUUUAGGGCGCCUGGCUGGCUCAGUUGGUUAAGCGACUGCCUUCGGCUGAGGUCAUGAUCCUGGAGUCCCUGGAUCGAGUCCUGCAUCGGGCUCCCUGCUCGGCGGGGAGCCUGCUUCUCCCUCUGACCCUCCCCCCUCUCAUGUGCUCUCUCUCUCAUUCUCUCUCUCUCAAAUAAAUAAAUAAAAUCUUAAAAACAAAUAAAUAAAAUAAAUUUUAGUUCACGUACAGUGCAAUAUUGGUUUCAGGAGUAGAAUUGUGUGAUUCAUCACUUACAUGCAACACCCAGUACUCAUCACAAGUGCCCUCUUUAAUAUCCAUCACCCAUCUCGCCCAUCCCCCCCCACCUCCCUUUAUCAACCCUCUGUUCUCUGCUGUUAAGAGUCUCUUAUGGUUUGUUUCCCUCUCUCUUUUCCUCCCUUCCCAUUUGUUCACUUGAUUUCUUUCUUACAUUCCACAUAUGAGUGAAUUCAUAUGGUAUUUGUCUUUGCCUGACUCAUUCACUUAGCAUAAUACACUAGCUCCAUCCACAUCAUUGCAAAUGGCAAGAUUAUAUUCUUUUUGAUGGCUGAGCAAUAUUCCAUUGUAUAUAUGUCCAUCUUCUUUAUCCAUUCAUCAGCUGAUGGACAUUUGGGCUCUCUUCAUAAUUUGACUAUUAUUGAUAAUGCUGCUAUAAACAUUAGGGUGCAUGUGCCCUUCAAAUCUGUAUUUUUGUAUCCUCUGGGUAAAUACCUGGUAGUACAAUUGCUGGAUGGUAGGGUAGUUCUAUUUUUAACUUUUUGGGGAACCUCCAUACUGUUAUCCAGAGUGGCUGUACCAGCUUGCAUUCCCACCAACAGUGUAAAAGGGUUCCCCUUUCUCUGCAUUCUCGCCAACACCUAUUGUUUCUUGUGUUGUUAACUUUAGCCAUUCUGACAGGUGUGAGGUGAUAGCUCAUCUUGGUUUUGAUUUAUACUUCCCUGAUGAUGAAUGAUGUUGAGCAUCUCUUCGUGUGUCUUUUGGCCAUCUGGAUGUCUAUUUGUUUCCUAUUUGUUUCACCCUUAUUUCUAUUUUCUUCUUCUGUUCAUGCCUUCUGCUCACUUCUUAAUUGGAUUAUUUGCUUAUAUGGGUGUUGAGUUUGAUAAGUUCCUUAUAAAUUUUGGAUACUAACCUUUUAUCAGAUAUGUCCUUUACAAAUAUCUUCGCCCAUUUUAUAGGCUGCUUUUUAGUUUUGUUGUUUCCUUCACUGUGCAGAAAGUUUUUUAUUUUGGGGAAGUCCCAAUAGUUCAUUUUUGCUUGCCACUGGCGACAUGUCUAGUAAGUUGCUACAGCCGGGGUCAAAGAGGUUGCUGCCUGUGUUCUCCUCUAGGAUUUUUAUGGUUUUCUGUCUCACAUGUAGGUCUUUCAUCCAUUUUGAAUUUAUUUUUGUGUAUGGUGUAACAAAGUGGUCCAAUUUCAUUCUUCUGCAUGUUGCUGCCAGUUUUCCCAACACCAUUUGUUGAAGAAACUUUUUUCCAGUGGAUAUUCUUCCCUGCUUUGUUGGAGAUGAAUUGACCAUAUAGUUGUGGAUCCAUUUCUGAGUUUUCUCUUCUGUUCCAUUGAUCUAUGUGUCUGUUUUUGUGCCAGUACCAUACUCUCUUGAUGACUACAGCUUUCUUUGUAAUAUAGCUUGAAAUCUGGAAUUGUGAUACCGCCAGCUUUGGUUUUUUUUUUUCAAGAUUGGUUUAGCUGUUCGGGGUCUUUUGUGGUUCCAUACAAAUUUUAGGAUUGUUCUAGCUCUCUGAAAAUUGCUAUCAGUAUUUUGAUAGGAAUUGCAUUCAAGGUAUAGAUUGCUUUGGAUAGUAUAGACAUUGUAACAAUGUUUGUUUUUCCAAUCCAUGAGCAUGGAAGGUUUUUCCAUUUCUUUGUGUCCUCUUCAACUUCUUUCAUCAGUGUUUUAUAGUUUUCUGAGUACAGAUCUUUUACCUCUUUAGUUAGGUUUAUUCCUAGGUAUCUUAUUGUUUUUGGUGCAAUUGCAAAUGCAGUUUCUUUUUCUGCUUUGUUAUUGGUGUAUAGAAAUGCAGCAUUUUUGUACGGUGAUUUUAUAUCCUGAGACUUUGCUGAAUUCAUGUAUUGAAUCAAGUUCUAGCAAUUUUUUGGUGGAAUCUUUCAGGUUUUCUAUAUUGAGUAUCAUGUUGUCUACAAAUAGUGAAAUUUUGAUUUCUUCCUUGCCAAUUUGGAUGCCUUCUAUUUCUUUUUGCCUGAUUGUUGAGGCUGAGACUUCCGGUACUAUGUUAAAUAGUAAUGGUGAAAGUGGACACCCUUGUCUUGUUCCUGUCUGUAAGGGAAAGGCUUUCAGUUUUUCCCCAUUGAAGAUGAUAUUAGCUGUGGGUCUUUCAUAUAUGGCCUUUAUGAUGUUGUGGUAUGUUCCAUCUGUCCCUAUGCAAGGUUAAUUUUCUUGACAGAAAGUUCAGGUUAGAAAGAUAUUUCCCUCUAACGUAUCUUGAAAGUAUGAGUCCAUGGUUAAUCCAUAAAGUCUCAAACUUGGAAAACUGGGCUACUAAACCAGUUGUCUCUUUUAUUGAUUGAAUCAAAUGUCCCAAAAGCCACAAUUUGAAGUGAUUUUAAAAGUUGAUCUAGUUCUCUCACUUAGCUCCAAGUUUGCUCUAAGCAAAGUACAAUGGAAGGGCACUGCCUGAAGUCAAAAUAUCAGUUCAAGACUCCUCUCUCUUACUAACUUUAUGUUCAAAUUACUUCAGUUUCUUCAUUUGUGAAAUGAAAUUAAAAAUAAUCUUGGGACACCUGGGUGGCUGUCAGUUAAGCUUCUGACUCUUGAUUUUGGCUCAGGUGAUGGUCUCAGGGUCAUGAGAUCGAGCUCCAUAUCAGGCUCCGCACUGGGCAUGGAGCCUGCUUAAGAUUCCUUCUCUCCCUCUGCCUCUUCCCCACUUACUUGCAUGCGUGCGUGCGCUCUCUAAUAAUCUUUACACUAUUGUUUAGAAGAUUUUAAAAAUGUAGAAUAUUUUACAAAUAAAAAUGUUUGUUAUAUUUUGUUAAAUACCCUUAAUUUAAAGAAUACUAGGAAGAAAUGGAAACAAAACUGACUUUCCUUGAAACUGAGUUCUUCUGUCUUAUUUCAGAAUGGCUACUGGGUUUUAUACUUAGCACCAGUUGUAACUGCAUGGCUCUUUAAUAGUAUAAUGUAAAUAACCCUUCCAUAUAUCCCUUGACCCGGAACAUUGAUUCCUUGCCCUUUGUGUGCAAGACUCUGUAUCAAGUGCUGGAAAUGGAAAUAUGAAUAAGACAUGGUUCAUGUCAUCAGAGUAAUUACAGAAUAAGGCAGGCAGAAUUGUAGACACUGAAUCCACAUCUUCACAGGGCCACACAGUACACUGAUUUCACAAUGAGUUAAACUACUAAUACCAUGUAUAUAUUACAUUAUGUGAUUUUUGUGAAAUGCUAUACCAGUAGAGAAUCUGGACUUGUUCCCUAAGAGAAAUAUCACUAUUAUACCACUCUAAACUAUACCAGUAAGUCAUUAAUUAUCUUUCAUAAAUGCAAGGAGUAAGUAACCUCUUUCAGAAGUAGAAUGGCAACAUUUUUAAUACGUUUUAUGUUUAAGAAUACUAUUUCUCUUUAAAAAUGUUUACUUCCGGGGCGCCUGGGGGGCUCAGUCGUUAAGUGUCUGCCUUUGGCUCAGGUCAUAAUCCCGGGUCCUGGGAUCAAGCCCCGCAUCGGGCUCCCUGCUCUGCGGAAAGCCUGCUUCUCCUCCCACUCCCUCUGCUUGUGUUCCCUCUCUCGCUGUGUCAGAGAGAGCUCUGUCAAAUAAAUAAAAUCUUAAAAAUAAAUAAAUAAAUAAAUAAAUAAAUAAAUAAAUAAAUAAUGUUUACUUCCAUUGAAUACUAUGAUCAUUGAAGAAUAUGUCAGAAGUCAUUCCAUUAUUUCCCUGUGAAAUUCUGAAAUUAUUUGAAGGAAUUAUUCAUUCUGGACAUAAUCUAAGUUGGAGAGUCUUAAGUAUUCAAAAUGGUCAAUAUCUUCAUUUCAUAUAUUUGAUUUAACAGGAAAAAAAGAAAAUAUCUGUGAGAUAUGCAGAAUUUAUUUGGGGCUUGUUUCCUUCUCUAAACUAAAAAAAAAUCUUAUUUGGGUAUAGUUGACACACAAUGUUGCAUUAGUUUCAGGUGUACAACAUGUGGUGAUUCAACUUCUCUGCAUAUUAUGCUUUGCUCACCACAACUGCAGCUACCCUCUGUCACCAGACAACACUACUGCAAUAUCAUUGGCUGUAUUCUCCGUGCUGUGCCUUUUAUUACCAUGACUUAUUCCUUCCAUAACUGGAAGCCUGGAUCUUCACUCCCCUUCACCCAUUUUGUGCAUUCCCCAUCCCAUACCCCUCUGGCAACUGUUAGUUUGUUCUCUGUAUAGGUCUGAUUCUGCUUUUUGCUGGUUGGUUCAUUUGUUUUUUAGAUUCCACAUAUGAGUGAAAUCAUACAGUAUUUGUCUUUCUCUGACUUAUUUCACUUAGCAUAAUGCCUUUUAGGUCCAUCCAUGUUGUCACAGAUGGCAAAAUUUCAUCCUUCUUUAUGGCUGUGUAGUAUUCUAUUGUUUAUAUAUAUGUGUAUAUAUGUACAAGUUUUAUAUAUAUAUAUAUACAUAUAUAUGUAUAUAUGUAAAACCUCAUUAUCCAUUCUAUAUUGGUGGAUACUUGGUUUGCUUCCAUAUCUUGGCUGUUGUAAAUUAUGCCCAGUGAACAUAGGGAUACAUAUAUCUUUUCAAUAAUGUUUUUGUUUGGGUAAAUAGCCAGUAGUGAAAUUAUUGGAUCAUGUGGUAAUUCUCUUUUUAAUACUUUGAGGAACCUCCAUACUGUUUUCCACAGUGACUGUAACAAUUUAUAUUCCCACCAACAGUGCACAAGGGUCCCUUUUUUUCUGCACAUCAAUACUUAUUCUUUCUUCUCUUUUUGGUUUUAGCCAUUAUGACAGGUGUUAAGGUGAUAUCUCUUGUGGUUUUGGUUUGUGUUGCCCUGAUGAGGAAUGAUAUUGAACAUCUUUUUAUGUGACUGCCAUCUGUAUGUCGGCUUUGGAAAAAUGUCUGUUCAGGUCCUUUGCCCAUUUUUUAAUUGGAUUAUUUUGUUCGUGUUGAGUUGUGUAAGUUAUUUAUAUAUUUUGAAUAUUAACCUUUUGCCAGAUACAUCAUUUGUAAAUAUUUUCUCCGAUUCAGUAGGUUGCCUUUUUUGUUAUUGUUGGUAGUUUCCUUCACUUCGCUUUUUAUUUUAAUAGAGCCCCAAUUGUUUAUUUUUGCUUUUAUUUCCCUUGCCAAAGGAGACCUAUCCAGAAAAAUAUUGCAACAGCCAAUGUCAGAGAAAUUACUGCUUGUGUCCUUUUAAGGGUUUUAUAUGGUUUGGGAUCUCACAGGUCUUUUUUUUUUUUUUUAAUUUUAUAGGUAGAAUUUAGUGAUUCAUCGGUUGCAUAUAAUACCUAGUGAUCAUUACAUCAAGUGCCCUCCUUAAUGCCCAUCACCCCUCAGUUUGUUUCCUUGAGUUUCAGCAUCUCUUAUGGUUUGCCUCCCUCUCACUUUUCAUCUUAUUUUAUUUUUCCUUCACAGGUCUUUAAUCCAUUUUGAAUUUAUUUUUCUGUAUAGUGUAAGAAAGUGGUCCAGUUUCAUUCUUUUGCAUGUAGCUGUCCAGUUUUCCCAGCACUAUUUAUUGAAGAGACUGUCUUUUCCCCAUUGUAUAUUCUUGUCUCCUCUGUCAUAGAUUAAUUGUCCUUAUAAGCAUGGGUUUGUUUCUAGGCUGAAUUUUCUGAUCCAUUGAUUUAUGUGUCUGUUUUUGUGCCAAUACCAAUAGCAUUUUGGUUACUAGAGCUUUGUAAUAUAUCUUGCAGUCUGGAAUUGUGAUUACCUCCAGCUUUGUUCUUUCUCAAGAUAGCUUUGGCUCUUCAUUCAGGGUCUUUUGUGGUUCCCUUUUCUAAACUUUUGAAAUAUAACUGGGAUUUUGAGAGAUCCUGCCCUUGGAUUUCUCUCAUCCUACCACAGACAUUAAUCAAACCAGAUCUUGAGCAAUUCUAAAAUAGUUUUUCCUUUUCAAAGUGGAUACAAUGUAUUUGUCCCUGGUAUAUAUUGCAAGACAGUAGGUAGGAGCUGUGUGUCAAAAUAUGGUGGUUUCUGGCAGUUUGGACUUCUGUCUCUGAUAUUUGUUAAGCAGAGAAUGAUGGGAGACAGUGAAAUGGAAAGACAAAUGAAACUUCAGCGUAGUCCUUCAUUUAGGGCACACCGUACCAACUUCUGACAGGGAUUCUAAGGUUACUACCAUUUUUUCAGUCUUCUGGUCCUUAUAGUAAUUGCUUGUAUGUUAUAAAUUAAAUAUCUAGGGCUAAUUCAGCAUUGCCAAUAAAAUAACAAAAUAGAGCCCUGGUCUGGCAUCAAAAUCUUCUGCCUCCACUGAUGGUCUUAUUUUUUUCUGCUUCACAUUUUCACACACAAAUAUUUUGUUUCUCUUGAUUCCUUGUCUCUAAUUAGUUCUUCUGUCUAUCUAGAAUGAUUUUUUUACCCCAUCUUGCCUAACUUUAGAUCAUACCUAGGCGUUCAGAAAUGGGUAAUUUUGUAUGAGAGCAAAUAGGGCUGGUCCUAACAGGAGUGGACCAGCAAUCAAAAUUAAUGUCUAAUGGAUUGUGUUUGGGGGUUGGGGGAAGUAUUGCAGGAAGAUCUCAAAAUAUGGAAGAUAUUUAAGUUGUAAUAGGCUUAAGAGCGUGUGUGGUACACUCUCAAGUAUUCUGGACAGUAACGUUGAUUCCCAACUCUACCCAGGCCAGUAAUAAUAACUAACAUUUUUUGAGCACAUGUAAUUUGCCAGACACCCUUCUGUUUUGUAUUUAUUCAUUCAUUUAAUUCUCACAAACUAAUGAGAUACACGCUGUUAUUGUCCCAAAUUAUGGAUAUUAAGUCAACUGAGGUACAGAUAAGUAAUUCGCUCAUGAUCACAUAGCUCUCAGGUGGGGAGCCUCAAUUUCAAUUAUAGCCAUCUGUUGUCAGAAAGUAAACUAAUACAAACUGUACUCUAUUGUUUCCUGGUUGUACUUGUGGUUACUAAUGUACUUCCUGCCUUGUUAUGAUUGGCUGAGGAACUAGAUGGGACUGAGCUUCAGUGUGUGUUCACAGGAGGGUAGGCAGCAACUGACACACCUGUAGCAUUGGGACCAGAAUCUAGCUUCCCAAACUUAGAACAAUAGCUCUAUGAUGUAUGGGCAAUAGGACAUUUUCAGCAAACAAUGGCAUGGAUUGGUCUAUUAGUAAGAUUAAUUUGGCAGUGAUACUCAGCAUGUUUGAGAGUGGAAAACAUCCAGAGGCAGAGAGAUCAGUUAAGCUUUUUCACUUUUCCUGGCAUGAUUAUGAGGGAAUCUGAUUCACAGGAAAGGAAUUGGCUGUGAAGCAGUGCAGUGGAAAUUUGAAAUAGAGCCAUCACUUUUAAUCCUGGUUCUGCUGCUUAAUAGAUGUAUUACUUUAGCAUUUUUAGGCCUCAGAUUUUUCUCGUCUACAAGAUGGGGGCAGUUGGACGAUCUCUUAGGACUCAAGUCUAAUUCUAUAUUAGAAUCACAGUAUAUUACUGUGAUAUUUCUGAAUUGAAUUGCUGACUGAUUGAAAUCAGUAGUAAUAAAAAUGGAGGAGUAAAGCUCCAGAUGAUGACUCUGGGGUUAUCUGUUCAGAAGUAAUGGUUGGGAUUUUUCCUUAAAGAUGAGAAAAACAAGACUGAGUGAUAAAUAUUUCUAUUGAAUGUUCUUUGUCCAUUUGGUACUUAUAUUCUGUUGGUUUACCUUGUUUAUCAUCUCCCUAAACCUUCCUCUUCCCCACUGACACUGCUUCUGCUUUACUUGAGAUAGUCAUUAACUAUCUCUUCUCUGUGCUAUGGUGAGCGUUGUGAAUUGUGCAAGACUGUUGAAUCACAGAUCUGUACCUCUGAAACAAAUAAUGCAAUAUAUGUUAAGAAAAAAAAAAGAUAGCAGGAGGGGAAGAAUGAAGUGGGGGAAAUCGGAGGGGGAGACGAACCAUGAGAGACGAUGGACUCUGAAAAACAAACUGAGGGUUCUGGAGGGAAGGCGGGUGGGAGGAUGGGUUAGCCUGGUGAUGGGUAUUAAAGAGGGCACGUUCUGCAUGGAGCACUGGGUGUUAUGCACAAACAAUGAAUCAUGGAACACUACAUCAAAAACUAAUGAUGUAAUGUAUGGUGAUUAACAUAACAAUAAACAA